AUGGUUUCUCUCAAAGCUCUCUCGACUGUCUUUUUUCUUAUACUUGGCGUUGGCAUUUGCUACGCCACCAGCCGGACUCUCUUAACUUACGGUGGUGUCAGUGGAGGACAUGCUGGUGGUGAAGGUUAUGGAGGAGUGAGUGGUGGUGGUUAUGGUGGUGGAAGUGGAGAAGGAGGUGGUGGUGGAUAUGGAGGAGCUGGAGGAUAUGCUGGUGGUGGUGGUGCUGGUCAUGGUGGAGGCGGUGGUGGAGCUGCUUCUUCCGGUGGAUACGCUAGUGGAGGAGGAGAAGGCGGAGGAGGGGGUUAUGGUGGAGCAACUGGUGGUUAUGGUGGUCAUGCUGGUGGUGGUGGUCAGGGUGGAGGCGGUGGUGGAGCUGCUUCUUCUGGUGGAUAUGCUAGUGGAGGAGGAGAAGGAGGAGGCGGUGGUUACGGUGGAGAAACUGGUGGUUAUGGUGGUCAUGCUGGUGGUGGUGGUGGUCAUGGUGGAGGUGGUGGAGGAGCUGCUUCUUCUGGUGGAUAUGCUAGUGGUGGAGGAGAAGGAGGAGGUGGCGGUUACGGUGGAGCGGCUGGUGGUUAUGGUGGCCAUGCUGGAGGUGGUGGUGGAGGAAGUGGUAGCGGUGGUGGAAGUGCUUAUGGCGGUGGAGGAGAUCAUGCUAGUGGUUAUGGAAGUGGUGGUGGUGCAGGAGCUGGUGGUGUAAUUGGUGGUCAUUCUGGUGGAGGAGGUGGUGGUAGCGGAAGCGGUGGAGGAUCGGCUUACGGUGGUGGAGGUGAUCAUGCUAGUGGUUAUGGAAGUGGAGCUGGUGAAGGUGGUGGCGCGGGUGGAGGUGAGUAUGGAGGUGGAGCUGGUGGUGGAGGUGGCCAUGGAGGUGGUGGAGGAUCAGCUGGUCGAGGGUCUCACGGUGGUGGUGCUUAUGGAGGCGGUGAAGGAGGAGGAGCUGGAGGUGGAUCAGGAGCAGGAGGGUAUGGAGGCGGUGCAGGUGGAGGAAGUGGUGGAGGAGGAGCACAUGGAGGUGGUUAUGGAAGUGGUGGUGGUGGUGGUGAAGGAGGUGGUUAUGGAGGUGCAGCAGGAGGAUAUGGCGGUGGGGGUGGCGCAGGAGGAGGUUCAGGUGGAGGUGGAGGUGCUUACGGUGGUGGUGGCGGUGGUUCAGGCGGUGGACACGGCGGUGGAGGCUAUGCCCCAUGA